ACAAGUCCCUUUCGCUCUUUAAAAUCUGAACUCUUUCUCUAAACUCUUAUGGUUUUCUUGAAAAUGAUUUUUUUUAUAUAAUUGAUUAACGUAAAUCGCAGCGACACAGCUUCCUUAUAUUCAUUUACAUUUGUCUCUGUGUUUAAGGUCUAACAUGCAAAGACUGUAGAGACAGAGUUGAUUGACAAAUAACUCUGAAACAGAGUGAUUGGAAACUCAAAAAACAGAGUACCCACUGAGAAAAUGAAAAACGAAGAGCAAGCUCGAUCUCUCCUCGGAAUCUCGCUCUCUAACAGACCCAUGUGGCAACAAUUUCUCAUCUGCUCUUCUGGGUUCUUCUUCGGUUACCUUGUCAAUGGCGUCUGUGAGGAAUAUGUGUAUAAUAGGCUCCAAUUCAGCUAUGGUUGGUACUUCACAUUUGUUCAAGGAUGGGUUUAUGUUUUGUUGAUUUACUUACAAGGCUUCACCACCAAGCAAAUGGUGAACCCAUGGAAGACUUACGUGAAGCUCUCUGCGGUGCUUAUGGGUUCGCAUGGACUUACUAAAGGUUCUUUGGCUUUUCUUAAUUACCCGGCGCAACUUAUGUUUAAAUCAACCAAGAUUCUUCCGGUGAUGAUAAUGGGUGCUUUCAUACCCGGUUUGAGACGGAAAUACCCUCUUCACGAAUACUUAUCAGCCGUUCUUUUAGUAGUGGGUUUGAUCCUUUUCACUUUAGCUGAUGCACAUACUUCACCAAACUUUAGCUUGAUUGGCGUUCUAAUGGUGUCUAGCGCUCUAGUAAUGGACGCCUUUUUGGGCAAUCUACAAGAAGCAAUCUUUACCAUGAAUCCCGAAACAACACAGACGGAGAUGCUCUUUUGCUCGACUUUGGUUGGUAUGCCAUUCUUGAUUCCACCCAUGCUUUUAACAGGAGAAUUAUUCAAAGCAUGGAGUUCAUGUUCUCAGCAUCCUUAUGUGUACGGCGUGUUGGUCUUCGAAGCAAUGGCGACAUUUGUUGGCCAAGUGUCUGUCCUUUCCCUCAUUGCGAUUUUUGGUGCUGCCACUACUGCAAUGGUGACAACGGCAAGAAAGGCGGUGACACUACUGCUAUCAUACUUGAUAUUUACGAAGCCAUUAACCGAACAACAUGGGACUGGACUUUUGCUAAUAUCCAUGGGAAUUGUAUUGAAGCUUUUGCCAGAUAACAAACCACCCAAAAGAGCCCCAGCCUCAUCUUCCAUGGCCAAGAUCGAAACGCCGGCUUAUAGCGAAGAGAAUAGAACUCGAUUUGAAAAUGAAGAGAACAGGCCCUUGGUUUGAAAAUAUAAGAGGUGCUUUAAUUGUAAUUUCUAAUUUUCUCAUCUAAUGUACUGGCCUUCAAAGGUAUUAUAUUAUCUUGAAGUACAAAAAUUAAUAAGAUAUUUGAAGGAUUUUCCCCCCCUUUUCUUGCCUUUUCUUGUUAGGGAUAGGCUUUUUUGAAGUAGUUGUAAUAUGGGCCUUUUGUCUGGAAUGAAAAAUGAUUCUAGAGUUUUUUUGUGGCUUGAUAAA